ACUAUUUUUAUGCCGCUAGAUUGCUAUGUAUUAAUUUUAUUGUCGACUUAUUAUGGAAAUCAUCUAGAUUUCUAAAUAUUAAAUUAUUGCGAAUUGAACCUAUAAAUCUACUAAGUAUUAAAAAAAAAUGUCUUUAGUGAAUUAUGACUCUUCUACGUCUGAAAGCGACAUCGACAACAAGGAUCUAUCACCGCCAACAAAAAAAUCAAAACAAUCACUACAGAGAAUAUAAAUAUUGCUCAUACAAUAGAUUUCAAUUACCGGUUUCUAUACUAAAGUUCUCUGGCACAAAGAAUGUGACAGAUGAUGUAGUGAUAGAUGAACCAGAAAAACAUGACGGCCGUAUAAGAAAUUUUAAACAUGAACGUGGAAACUGGGCUACCUAUAUUUAUGUACCUGUUAACUCUAGCUUAUUAGAUGAAGUUCAGCAACAAUUGCAAUUUGCUUUCAAAAGCCUGGAACUGCAAACUACAAAUGAUUUACACAUAAGUCUGAGUAGGACAGUUGUUUUACAAUAUCAUUUAAUCGAUUCUUUCGUUAAGUCAUUAAAAACACAUUUUACCAAUUGGUCAAGUUUUACGGUCAGUUUGAGAGACUUGAAAAUUUAUUCGAAUGAAGAGAAAACCAGAACUUUUAUUGCAUAUGUAGUUGACAGUUUUUAUUUUGAAAAAUUGUACCAUCUGCUCCUAAAAGUGGAUAGUGUGAUGGAAGAUUAUGGCCUACCAAUUUUUUAUGAUGAUCCUUCAUUUCAUAUAAGCUUUUUAUGGUGCCUGGGUGAUAAAGUGGAUGUUCUUAAUUCAAAUUUAAAAAAGAUUCUCGAUAUAUUGUCACAAAAUAAUGAUUCUGACAUUUUAAAAAUAAAAAUCAAUGAACUUAAAUGCAAAAGUGGAAAUAAAGAAUUUACAUUUAAACUUAAGUAG